AUGUUUGCAACUUGGAUUGCAAGCAAGCUCAAGCUCAACCAAAAAACUGAUAGGAUCAGCAACUUGCCCCAAAAUGUAACACAACAAAUCCUAGAAUGUUUACCCCUGCGAGAUGCAGCAAGGAUGAGCAUCCUAUCGAGCCAUUGGAGAUUUGAAUGGGGUUCAAUUUCCCAACUUUUACUUGAUCAUGAUCUCUUCUCUAGCAUUCUGAAGGGACGAUUAGAUACUGAAGACAAUUUAUUGGCAUAUACAAAUUUUGUUUAUGAUAUUCUUUUUAGUCAUGCUGGCCCGAUAUUAAAGUUCAAUCUUUACCUUCCCUAUUGGCUUCCAAACGAAUAUGACAUUAGUCAGUGGAUGCAGUAUCUUAGUUCCAAUGGUGUUAAGGAAUUUACACUUGAGGAUUCUCGCAGUCCAAGAAUGAACUUGCCUACAUGCUUAUUUUCUUGUGAGAGCUUGACACACUUGACACUCAUCGAUUGCAUAUUGUCCCCUCUUCCAGCUACAUUUAAGGGGUUUCCAUGCUUUGUUAGUCUUAAAUUGGAGAAACUCUACAUGAGUCCAGGCAAUCAUACAGUGGUUAAUUUGUUUGAAAUUCUUAUUUCCAAAUGUCCUCAGCUUAAGAUCCUCAAUAUAAGCUUAGCUGAACGACUUUAUAAUCUGACUAUUUGUGCUCCGAAACUUCAAGACUUGUUUGUGGACUAUUGGUUUGGUAAUUUAUCCUUGGAGGGAACAACAAAUAUAAACAAGCUAUCCCUAGAUUGUUAUAGUCAAAAGUAUCAACACAGCAAUCACAUGAGUGACUUCUUCAGCAACUUGUGCAACGUUGAGAAGCUCAUUCUUGGACAUUCAUUUUGGUGGGGAGUAGAGCUUUACAGUUUAAGAUCUCCCACAAAGUUUCCAGAAGAGCUGGAAAGGUUGCGAACUCUCAAAAUCGUAGAAAUAUCACUGUUUUGUCAUUCCAGCAUUUCUCUUGUUCUCUGCUUAUUUAUGAGCUCCCCACACUUGGAGCUACUACAUAUUGAAGCAACAAAUUGCCCACGCUAUGAAAAUGUCCAUGAUGGUCCAUUAGCCCAGAUUGAUGGCUCUUGCUUCCAUCGUCCAUACCUUAAGAAGAUACAACUUAUUGGUAUUUCGGAGUUGAUUAAUGGGUUGCUACUUAUGAAGUUUCUACUUGCAUGUUCUCCUGCACUGGAGGAAAUGACUGUUGAGCUAAUUAAUUUUAUCGAGGAAGCAAUGCAGUAUCGUCGAGCCUCACCAAUUGCAAAGAUUAAUAUCAUGCCAAAGAAAGAAACUGAUAGGUCUCCUAUAAAGGAGGGUGGUCGUCGUGGUGGUUGGUGUUGGUUGUUAAACUUAUCAAGAAUGCACCGUGCACUUUGCUUUGGGUAAUUGGGGUGAAUGCAACAAACAAUACUCGUGGUUUUGCUUAAAUUUUUGAAGACAAAAGUAUUCAGUGUGUUGCAAUUUUGUUUUCAGACCCAUCUAUCCCUCCGAUCAAAACUCACUUUUCAUGCCAUCCUCUUAGUUUGACAGAGGCAUUGGGGAGAAGGUAAAGAGUAUUUGGUAAGGAGGAUUUGAAUUUCAUAGAUUCACAUUGGCCCUGUUUGGGAGAAAGCUGAAAGUUGAAGCUGAUUGAGUUAGCUGAUUUUGACUAACUGAUUUGACUAACUUAUUGUAUUAACU